AUGGCGACUUCACCGGAAGAUACGGAUCCUACGCGGUCGAACCGUCGUAAAGCCUGCGAUUUGUGCUUUACGAAAAAGAUCAAGUGUGACAUGCUCAAGCCUGUCUGUUCGAAUUGUAUUCUUUACAAUACAGACUGUCGGACGAGCAUUAUUCGGCGCAAGGCCAAUCCCGCAAGGGUGAGAGCAGGGGCGAAACAGCAGCAGGAAGACCCCAGUCGCACAGAAGCUUUGGAGUCGAGGCUGGCUCGUAUUGAAGCCCAACUCCAGGCUGUCCUCAAAGUCGCUCGAGACGCGCAGCCACAGCAAGCUCCAAUCGCUCAGCAAUCUCCAGAGAGCCAUUCAAGCGACACCACAGAGGCCAUCUCGGCAGAAAAUGAAAUCCAUGCUGGAAUCGCGCGCUCGGCUUACCACUCGUGGAAGUUUGACCCCAUACAUCCUAGCAUCUACGAAGGACCGGAACCCGACUCGUUGAUGUUGCCACCGUUGGACGAGGUGCUGCCUAUCGUCGAUCAUUAUUUUUACACGUUUAAUGCCGUGAUCCCACUGUUUCAUCAGCCUGUGUUCAUGAAGGUGCUGCAUACCUGGUAUAACCAACCUCGAUCUCGCGAUCGGGCGACGUGGGCAGCUAUCCAGAUCGUCAUGGCUCUCGGGUAUCGCACGCCGCAGCUCGCACUCGGAGAGACACAGAUGAAGCACAUCGAGAGGGCUGAUGUGUGUUUGAGGAAUGCGCAGACUGUUGUCUCAGAGCUUGUCACUCGCGAUCAGGAUUUGCUUGGUGUUCAGAUUCUUCUUGGGAUUGUUAUGCUUUUCCAGAAUAGUCGUGACCCAAAACCUGCGAGUGUCAUUAUUGGUACUGCUGUUAGGCUUGCGCAUCGACUGCAGUUGCACUCUUCCAACGCGGGGGAGUUGUUUCCGGCUAUUGAGGCAGAGCAGAGGUCGAGGGUCUUUUGGAUUGCGUAUACUCUCGACAAGGACAUUUGUCUGAGGGCAAACACCCCAUCCUGCCAGUUUGACGAUGACGUGGAUAUUCCACUACCAAGUCUUGCACCCGCAGACAGUGCUGGUUUAAUAUGGACACAGAACGGUCAGGUUCACUUCAACUAUCACAGAAGACGUGUCGAGCUCGCCUACAUUGAGGGCAAGGUCUAUGAUCUUCUCUACUCGAACCGCGCUACCAAAGUCCGCGGCCCAGAACGCAAACGAAGGGUCCUCCGCCUACAAGCCAUGCUAGAUCAGUGGUAUGAGCGCAUCCCAGCCGUCUUUCACAUCGAAAACGUCGCUGCGACAGUUGGUCCAAGUCAACUUGUGCAGAUGACCAAGAUGCAUCACUCGUUUCUACUGGCAGAGGUCAUGACGCAUGGGAUAUACAGUCACAACGCCGACUGGGUUAAGCGGAUCAGCUCGUUGAGUCGUGCUGCUAUUGAGGAUUUGGAUGAGGGCUUUGGAACGCCAAAGUGCAAGAUGAGGGAGCAGGAGCCGCCUUUGCCUGAUGGGUGGACAAAGUGUGUUGAAAUUAGUCGAGGGUGUAUGAAGUUGUUCCAAGAGGCGACACCAACCGAGUGUCUUGUCUGGCAAUGCAGCUGCUCCCAUUUCUCAGCACUCAUCAUCAUCCUCGCCAACAUGAUUCUCAAUCCAGGCCACAAAUCCAUCCACGUCGACCAACACCUAGCAGUCAAAGCCCUCGACCUAUUCGACAAGCUCCUCAGCAUAAUCGAAGACGACUCCUUCCGCAGCUUGAGGGCAAUCGUCGGUGAGCUAAGCCAAAAAGCCGAAGCUGCCGUGGAAAGAUACAGACAAGAACUCAGCCGCUCGGGGCGCGACAUUUUUGAAGUGUUGAAUGUUGAUAAUGCGGGUGACGCGCAGCCCGAGUUGGAUUUCUUGCCUAGUAAUAAUGUUUUUGAUGGGCUUGAUGGUCCCUUUUCUAGUUUGGAUACUGAGGUUGAUUUUGAUGCCUUGAAUUUUGAUCCUACUGGGGCUGGGAAUAUGGAGAUUUUGGAUAAUGGCAUGGCGGAUUUGAUCAGCUUCAUGCGGUGA